AUGAUGAAGAAUAUUUUAAUUACAGGCACUAAUCGAGGUAUUGGUUUUGGUAUUGUGAAGUAUCUUGUUUCAAACUCACCAAAUUUUGAACUUAUUUUUGCCGAUUAUCGUGAUGCUAAUAAAUCUAAAAUAUUUUUACCUCUCAUAGAAAAAGCAGUUACUGGUGAACGAAAUGUUCUUCAAGCUAGUAUUAUUAAUAUAUCAACGACUAUGUCUUCAAUUACAAUAGCUUCCACUCUAUCUUAUUGUGCUUAUGAUUAUCAAUGUUCAAGAGCAGCAUUAAAUAUGUAUACUGUAUGUCUUGCAACCGAAUUGGCUAAAUCAAAUAUUUUUAUUGCUUUACUUCAUCCUGGAUGGGUACAAACUGAUAUGGAACGUAAAAGAGCAUCAUUGAAUAUUGACGAAGCAUCGAAAAAUAUUAUUAAUUGUAUAACUGCUAUGAAAAAUGAACAUUAUGGGAAAUUAAUUGAUUCUACUAGUGGAAGUAAAUGUGAUAUACUUCCAUUUUAA